AUGAAGUUUUUGUUGGUAGCUUUUACGCUUUAUGCGCUAACUGUAACAGUAGAUGCACAACAAAAUAAUAAUGCCUUUCACGAUAAAGCAAACAUUCAAGAUCGCGAUCAUCUCGAAGAACAUCUACGGGAUCAGAUUGAUAUAGAUACCAACGAGAAAAUGGACUCCGAAAAAAUGAACUUUCACUUUUUUAAGUUGCACGAUUAUGAUGAUAACUCCAAAUUGGAUGGAUUGGAAAUUAUGGCAGCUUUAUCUCAUCACAAUAAAGCUAACGAUAAGGCAAUCGAUGAUAGUGAUGUUGUCAAUACCGUAGACGAAGUCUUAAAAGAAGACGAUUUAGAUGGUGAUGGUUAUCUAGAUUACACGGAAUUUCUUCGUUCUCAAGGCAAGCAAUCUUCUAAUUAG